GUUUGAUCCUUUUCCGCCGGCAUACUGGAAGAUGAUAUGUUAAAAAUUUUGAGGUUCAUGGACAGUACAACUUGCUAACAUCCUUCGAUUUACAAGCUGAGAACAAGUCAGAUCAUGGCGAAAUUCCACGCCCCUGUGAUCCAGGACAAUCCCUCGGGCUGGGGUCCCUGUGCUGUCCCAGAGAAGUUCAAGGACAUGCCCUACCAGCCCUUCAGCAAGGGGGACCGACUGGGCAAGGUGGCAGACUGGACUGGAGCUACUUACCAAGACAAGAGAUACACAAAUAAGUACUCCUCUCAGUUUGGAGGUGGCAAUCAGUAUGCCUACUUCCACGAAGAGGAUGAGGCGAGCUUCCAGCUGGUGGACACGGCCAAGGCACAGAAGUCAGCCUACCAGAGGAACCGCAUGAGGUUUGCGCAGAGGAACCUGCGCCGAGAUAAGGACCGCAGGAACAUGACCCAGUUCAACCUGCAGACUCUGCCUAAGAGCGCCAAGCAGAAGGAGAGGGAUCGCAUGCGCCUGCAGAAGAAGUUUCAGAAGCAGUUUGGUGUCCGUCAGAAAUGGGACCAGAAGUCCCAGGCCCAGCUGAAGCCCCGGGACUCCUCGGUGGAGGUGCGCAGUGACUGGGAGGUGAAAGAGGAGAUGGACUUCCCCAGGCUGAUGAAGAUGAGAUACAUGGAGGUGGCCGACCCUGUCGACAUCGAGUGCUGUGGCGCUCUGGAGUAUUAUGACAAGGCCUUUGAUCGUAUCACCACCCGCAACGAGAGGCCAUUGAAGAGCAUCAAGAGGAUCUUCCACACCGUCACCACCACUGAUGACCCUGUCAUCCGCAAGCUGGCUAAGACCCAGGGCAAUGUGUUUGCCACCGAUGCCAUCCUGGCCACCCUGAUGUGCUGCACGCGCUCAGUGAACUCCUGGGACAUCAUCGUUCAGAGAGUGGGCAACAAGCUCUUCUUUGACAAAAGAGACAACUCAGAUUUUGAUUUGCUGACUGUGAGCGAGACGGCCAAUGAGCCACCGCAGGACGAGGGCAACUCGUUCAACUCACCCCGGAACCUGGCCAUGGAAGCCACCUACAUCAACCACAACUUCUCACAGCAGUGUCUGCGCAUGGGUGGAGAGAGGCACAAGUUCCCCAACCCCAACCCGUUUGUGGAGGAGGACAUGGAUAAGAGCGAAGUGGCCUCUGUUGCCUACCGGUAUCGGCGCUGGAAGCUGGGAGACGACAUCGACCUGAUCGUGCGCUGCGAGCACGAUGGUGUGAUGACCGGAGCCAGUGGGGAGGUGUCCUUCAUCAACAUCAAGACCCUGAACGAGUGGGACUCCAGGUAUUGCAACGGUGUCGACUGGCGUCAGAAGCUGGACUCGCAGAGAGGGGCGGUUCUGGCCACAGAGCUGAAAAAUAACAGCUAUAAACUGGCCCGCUGGACCUGCUGUGCCAUGCUGGCUGGGUCUGAAUACCUCAAACUGGGGUAUGUGUCCCGCUACCACGUGAAGGACUCCUCUCGCCACGUGAUCCUGGGCACCCAGCAGUUCAAGCCCAACGAGUUUGCCAGCCAGAUCAACCUGAGCAUGGAGAACGCCUGGGGCAUUCUGCGCUGUGUCAUCGACAUCUGCCGCAAGUUGGACGAGGGCAAGUACCUCAUCCUCAAGGACCCCAACAAGCAAGUAAUUCGGGUGUAUAGCCUCCCUGACGGAACAUUCAGCUCUGAUGAGGAUGAGGAUGAGGAAGAGGAGGAGGAAGACGAAGAGGACGAAGAUGAGGAGAACUGAGCCAAUGGAGACAGCACACGUGACCAAACGAGUCGGCACAACAUACAGCCACUCUUGCACACGAUCGAUGGGAGGAAUUAAACAUCAGCAAUGUUUCAAA